AUGGGACUCGUCGAUUACGCUGGAAGCGAUUCGGACAGUGACAAAGAAGAGGAAACCCCACAGAAGGUAUUGAAAUGUCUUUCUUGAGGAUAGUGAAUAUAACGUAAUAAUGGUUAAGAUUGCUGCUGCCCCUCAAAAAACGACUGUCGACAACGGUGAAGAUUUUUUCAAUGACGAAGGUGUUGUUACGAGUACACCUAUUUAUGAACGUGUAGAUGUUUACAGAAAAAAGUGGAUCUCUGAGUAGUUUUAACCCAAAUAACGAAGAUGUUCUGGAAGAAAUAGUGAAACCGAAAGAUUGGGAGCUGAAAUUGGCUGAAAAAAGCAGAUUGAAAUUGGAGAAGAAGGCAAUGAAGAAAGCGCUCAAGAAGGAGAAGAAACUGGCGAAAAAGGCGCAGAAGGGCGAGAAAAUUGCGAAGGUCGCAGGAGGAAUAAAGAAAGAUAAAAAAGAGAAAGGUAAGCACUCAGAUCAGUUCACUAUUCAUUUUCUCUUUCCAGCUAAGGUAGUAAUUUCCGCAUUCGGCAGUCUUGCUGGAAUCGGGGGAGAAUCGAGCAAUGACAGUGACGAUGAAGGAAAAGGCGUCGUUCCGAAGCAGAAGCUGGGGAAUGGAUUUUUGGCCACUCUUCCUGCGCCAAAGGGCAGAGACAACCGAUCAGACGGCCCGUCUUCAUUUGCAAAGUCUUUGGUCCCGCAGUCUGUUGCGAAGAAGGUACUUAUUACAGGGAUUCUCUUGCCAAAAUGUUUGUUUCAUUCCAGAAUUCUCCAGUGGUGCCUGCUUUCACACCAGCACCUGCUCCGCAAAUUGCAGAUGACAGUGAUGAUGAUGAUGACGAUGGUCCGAUGGACUUCUUCGGAUUCUCGUCCGUUCCUGCUAAACGACAAGAGACACUUUCUGAUGUGCCUUUCAUGGCUAUCAAUAGCAGUAUGGAUGUCGUCGGCCCAUCACGUCCCACUGACGAUGACGAAAUAGAUCCGAGUCAAAUGUACCAGAUGCCCGAAGAAGAAGCUCAGCAGGAAGGCGCUUCGUCUUCAAACACUUGGCUUCACCGAAAGAUUUCGGACGAACAGGCUCACAAGCUUUUGAUGAGAUUCUCGCACGAUAUCGGAUCGGAGGAGAAGCGCUCCAUCAACGAGAUGGCUUCUUCGAUUGUCGACGUCAAUGUGGACGCAGCCCUUGGUCCAGAUGUCCGCACAAACGUCAUCAAAAACCUCGGACAUCGCGCGUUUGUCGAGGCGACAUCGGCUCCAGUCCCACAAGUGCAGACUCAAGGACAAAUGUCGAGGAGAAAGCAUCAAAUCACUUAUUUGGCCAGUUUGGUAAGAUGUUCUUCGUUUAGCCCUCCUGCUUCUCAACACACUUCUUUCAGGCUGUGGCUCGCGAAGAGCAGCUCAAGGAGAAAUGGGCCGAGCAGAAGCAGACGAAGAGAAUGGCGAGACAAAAGUACGGCUUCUAG